CUGACUGGUCUUUUGGCAACACUGGGUUCAAAGCGUUGUUUUGUUUGUGUUUCUGAAAACACGACCCCGAUUUGUCAGCCGGCCGGCAAAUUAAUAUUUCUUUAAUAAUCAGAAAGCAAUGAGUCGCACAGAGCAAAUUUUUGAGGACUUGAAGUCCCACUUUCGAAAUCACAGUAAAGUCAGGGAGCAGCGAGCCCAUCUGAACAAGGUACACUCUGUUUGCUGGAACGCCGACGGGAGGUACUUGGCUUCAGGGUCCUUUGACAAGACUGCCGCUGUUUACUGCCUCGAACGUGAUCGCUUUGUAAAGGGACACAUUUACCGCGGACACAAUGCUUCCGUGGAUCAGCUUCGCUGGCAUCGCACCAAUCCGGAUCUAUUCGCCACGGCCAGCGGCGACAAGACUGUACGCAUCUGGGACAACCGCACAACAAAAUCUGCAGGAGUGACAAGCACGAAGGGAGAAAACAUCAACAUUGCCUGGUCCCCGGAUGGGAGGACAAUAGCUGUAGGGAACAAGGAGGAUCUUAUUACAUUCAUUGACACGCGCACCAAUAAAAUUCGCGUGGAGGAGCCAUUCAGCUUCGAGGUCAACGAGAUCUCGUGGAACAACACGAACGACUUGUUCUUCCUCACCAAUGGACUGGGUUGCAUGCAUGUUUUGAGCUAUCCAAGUCUGGAGCACCAGAUGACGCUCAAAGCCCACCCCGCAAACUGCAUUUGCAUCGAGUUCGGGCCAACAGGUAAAUAUUUUGCCACGGGUUCCGCGGAUGCCCAAGUGUCGUUGUGGGAUGCUAAUGAGCUGGCCUGCCUGCGAAUGAUCAGCCGCCUGGAGUGGCCCGUUCGCACAAUAUCCUUUAGCCACGACGAAAGGUUGCUUGCCUCUGCUAGCGAGGAUCUCAUCAUAGACGUUGCCUAUACAGAGACGGGAGAGCGUGUAACCGAUAUCCAUGUGGACGCCUCUACCUUUACCGUGGCCUGGCAUCCCAAACAAUAUCUGCUUGCAUAUGCCUGUGACGAAAAGGAAAGUGGCGAUAGAAGACGAGAUGCCGGCAAUGUCAAGAUAUAUGGCUUCCCAGAAUAGACUAUAAUAGGAUAGAUUAUAAUACAAGAAAAUUUUCUAUUAAAGAAAUUCUUUAUUUUUCGACUGUA